UCUCGUUUCAGUUUCAGUCGAGCAAUCGUUGUGCACGUGUCUAUCUCUAGGUCGUCAACACACGCACACGUCGUGUUCACCCCAUUGUUAUCUCUCUUAUUAUCCACCCUUUGGAUAAUGUGCGGUUAAUUGGGGGAUGGUGCGGCGCUCGUCCACCAUUCGUGGUAAAAAACAAACGAUGCAAUAACGAGCCAUUGUCCACGUUGCAAGGGGUGGUCAUGGAAGCGGAUCCCCCUAAAAAGACCAAGGGGUGCGCGCCCACAGUCGGCCUGGGGCUGGUGGUGUGUGUUUUGUGUGUGGUGAGUGUUUACAACGGGUGGCGGCAGAUCCUCCUCCAAGACAAAGUGGUGCUGUUGGAGGAGAGACUGCGGCUGUUGGAGAGACGCACCGUGGAGGAUGCGGAUGUGCUGGUGGAGAGGUUUAAGCGGGAGGCGGUGGAGCAGGUGAAGAGGAGGGUGCAGAGGGAUGUGGGGGCACGUGGAGUUGACAGGAGCGAGAGGGAGGCUCCAGAAUGCAUCUGUCCGGCAGGUCCGCCUGGCCCCCCCGGCCCCCCUGGACCGCCCGGGAAGCGCGGUAGAAAAGGCAAAAAGGGCGAUGUAGGAGAUGCUGGCCCUCCGGGUUCCGCUGGGGCGCCGGGCAAGAACGGCUUUCCGGGUGACAAGGGUCAGAAAGGCGAUAUGGGCUACAUGGGUCCGACAGGGGUGCGCGGAUUUCCGGGAUUUCCGGGGCCUAUUGGGUUAGACGGUCCGAAAGGCGAUCCCGGCCGGCCUGGCGAUAAAGGGCAGAAAGGCGAUGUCGGUAACCCCGGUUUCGACGUGUUUCAAGCAGUCAAACAGCCUGGAAGGGGUUUAAAAAGAUCGGUAACGACGUUACGAGGAGGCACCCUGGGCUAUGCUGAGAUCGUAGCUGUCAAGGGCGAACCAGGCGAGCCGGGUCCUCCAGGGCCUCCGGGUCCUCCAGGCUCUGAAGGUCUUCCAGGACAUGACGGACGACAGGGAAUUCCGGGCGAACCCGGCCCUCCGGGCGAAAAGGGCGAACCUGGGCCCAUGGGCCCCAUCGGACCUCCCGGAAUCGACGGAUUGCAAGGACCGAAGGGGGACAGGGGGGUAAUUGGCAUGAUGGGAGCGCCGGGAUUUCCGGGACUUCCGGGCCAUAUGGGUCUUCCAGGAAUUCCGGGACGCAACGGGACCAAAGGCGAAUCUGGGCCUCGAGGCGAAAAGGGCGACAAGGGUGAGAGAGGACUUACGACGACUGUCAAUGGGGAGUUUCCAACAGGUUUGGUAGAAGGGCCACCAGGACCACCAGGACCUCCUGGUGAAAAAGGUGAAUCCGGACCUGUAGGCCCCCCUGGUUUACCUGGCGAAAAGGGCGCCCGAGGCCGACGUGGAAAACGGGGUCGAGACGGAGUGGCCCUCGGGCAAGGCCCACCAGGUGCAAAGGGUGAUUCAGGUGAACCAGGGCCCAAAGGUGAUAAGGGCGAUAAAGGGUUUACCGGCUUUCCAGGUCCUAAGGGCGACAUGGGCUUGAUGGGCACUCCUGGGGAGGCCGGCAUUAACGGCGAACCUGGCCCUCAAGGUCCUCCCGGUCUUCCCGGCCAAGUGGGCCCCAAGGGCGAAAAGGGCGAAUACGGCGAUAUUGGUCCACCGGGUCUCAUGGGUCCUCCUGGUCUACCCGGCCCUCCAGGCUAUCCCGGCCAAAAGGGCGAAAAGGGUGAAAAAGGCGAAUCAAAAUACAAAAAGCUGCGUCGAAGACAGUUCCAGGGAGACGGCACUGGGGAAAUAACAACAGGAGACGUGAUUAUGGGACCUCCGGGUCCCCCUGGACCUCCGGGUCAGAACGGUCUUCAAGGUCCUCCUGGGAUUAAAGGGGACCGAGGAAUGGAUGGUAUAAAGGGAGAGCCAGGUGAAAAGGGUGCUAAAGGCGAUCCGGGACCGAUGGGUCUUCCUGGUCCCAUGGGUCUGAGAGGUGAGAGUGGUCGACCGGGUGAUUAUGGGAAACCAGGGCCGAUGGAGGACAAUAACUGGUGAUUCCCAGGAUAGUCAAGAUACUGCCAUAAACGACGUUCAAGGCUAUAUCUGCAUUUUUUAUUUUUGUUUGAUUUUUGUUUUCUGUUUUUGUAGAAUGUUAACAGUGCGACAGAAGUUAUAUAAGGGAAGUUACGAGAUAAUAUUCUAAAAACAACUAGGGUUAAACAGAAAUGUUUUAUAUUACCUUUGUAUCUAAAAUAUGCUGUAUUUAUUGCUACUUUAAUAUUUAUUGUUUAGAGAAAUGGCGGGCAGCUGUAACAAGUUUCAACGCCAUCAGGUGAUCCUGAUCACACAAAAUGGUGUAUUAUUUAACUUGCAACUGUUAUUCUUCCCUUAUUAUUCCACGACAGUUUUUAAAAAAGUCAACAAAGUUGGAAACUUGUCUCAACUGUCCCCACUCAUCCACAACGGCCUUUCCGGCCUGACAAAUCGUUUUACGUCCAUUUAGUACUUAACACUCUUUUAAUUGAUUAUGAUGACUUGUCAAUUUAAAUAGGAAAGAGUGUAUUAAGAGAAAAAACAUAGACAGUGAAGAUCGAUUUUUAUAUAAAUAUUACAAUUACUAUUUAUUAUAUUUGUAAAAAGGAAGUUUUGCAAGACCAUUAAUUUAUAAGUUGACGAAUGUGUUGUAAUAUAAGUGUUACAUUUUUAUAGGUGUCUUAUAGUAGUUGAUAGUUUGUAAUUAAAAACACGAAAAAAACAACAUAUAACGUGACUGACUCUAGACUAAACACCUAAAACCAACCUGUAAAAUAUUUUACUUUUAAUAAUUAGGUAAUAAUAAGCUUCUGUAAACGAUAACAUGUACGAAAUAAAUGUAUGUGCAUGUGCUGUAAUUAUUAAAUAAGCUUGUGUUACAUUGGCCACCUUGAGCUUCUCCCUUUUGUCCCCAAAUAAGUCCUAAAGCUGGUUUUUGUCUCUUUUUGAGACCAGCUUUGAUGGCAUGACGAUAACAUCGAUGCAUCGUGUGCAUUGAGUGCAUUCACAUUUCAUUAACAUAUUCUUGUGUUGUUUAUUUCCAUUUUUGUUUCAAUUAUUUUUCU